AUGGGCGUGCGCGCCCGGCCCAACCAGCCACCCACGGGCCUCGCCCGCCCCGCCCCGCCCAACUCCCCUCCCCCUCCUCCCCUCUACUUGGCGUACGUGAACCAAGACAGAAAAGGAUGGACAGAUAAGGCCGACAUCACCACCGUUUAUGCCCCUGUUGCUGCACCGGCGUGUCCAACUCGGAUGGGAGUCGCUUUUAGUGCUCCAUCACUGGUCUUAUCUCAUUUUGACCUAUUAGGCGUGGCGGAGACGGUAAUUACUCUUAACUGGGGUAGCAUUUGA